AUGUAUCUAAUGGCAUACAUGCCUUCCUGCGGCACCUUCCAUGCACCUUUAGUGUCUUCUUGCCUGAGGAGGAAAUUCACAGUGGUGGCCACGGCUUCCAAGGCCAAGGUUGGAACUCCCAAAAAGGCCUCCACUCAAGUCCGAUUCACGCAACCAUUCCCACCUGAAAAGAAGGAAAUUUUCGAUUCAUUGGAACGCUGGGCAGAGGAAAACAUCCUGGUCCUGUUGAAGCCAGUAGAGAAAUCAUGGCAGCCGCAGGACUACCUACCAGACCCUUCCUCGGAUGGAUUCUAUGAUGAAGUCAAGGAGUUGAGGGAACGGGCCAAGGAGAUCCCGGAUGACUACUUGGUCUGUCUGGUUGGAGACAUGGUCACUGAGGAAGCACUCCCUACUUACCAGACAAUGCUCAAUAUUCUCGAUGGCGGUGUCGGCGACGAUACUGGCACCAGUCCAGCCAGCUGGGCUGUCUGGACGAGGGCAUGGACGGCCGAGGAGAACAGGCACGGUGAUCUCAUGAACAAGUACAUGUACCUCACUGGGAGGGUUGAUAUGAGGCAGAUUGAGAAGACCAUACAGUAUCUCCUUGGUGCUGGAAUGGAUCCAAAAACCGAGGGCAACCCAUAUGAGGGUUACAUCUACACAUCUUUCCAAGAGAGGGCAACCUUCAUAUCUCACGGCAACACUGCAAGGCACGCCAGGAAGUACGGGGACCUGAAGCUGGCUCAGAUAUGUGGCACCAUCGCGGCCGACGAGAAGCGCCAUGAGACGGCCUACACCAAGAUUGUGGAGAAGCUCUUCGAGGUCGACCCCGACUACACGGUGCUGGCCUUCGCCGCCAUGAUGAGGAAGAAGGUCACGAUGCCCGCCCACUUGAUGUACGACGGGCAGGACGACAACCUGUUUGAGCACUUCAGCGCGGUGGCUCAACGGCUGGGCGUCUACACCGCCAUGGACUACGCCGACAUCCUCGACUUCCUGGUCCAGAGGUGGAACGUGGCCAACCUCACUGGGCUGUCCGGGGAAGGGAGGCGGGCUCAGGAUUUCCUCUGCUCACUGGGACCAAGGUUCAGGAAGCUGGAGGAGCGAGCUCAGGGCAGGGCGAAGCAGUUACCGGUUGUUCCUUUCAGCUGGAUCCAUGGCCGGCAAGUGCAACUUUGA